UGAGGCUUGCUGUUGCGAGGGUGGAUUGUAUCGUGGACGCGCGCGCAGGCAGGUAGUUCUGGAGAGUACUCACGUCACGGGUCCGCAGCAAGCAAGCAUCGAGAUGCUGUGAGGACAAGGAGACGACGAAAGAGACGCAUUUUAAACCAACACAUAGGCUAUUAAUUUAAAUGCCAGAACAUGCUGCGGUAAAACAGAUUCACUCCACUCCAUAUUGAAAACGAUCCGCAAUGGCGCUACGAUCGCUAUUAGAGGGCCGAAGCAUACACUCAUAAGGGAAUUUAAACCACAUCUAGCAUCUACUGCAUCAAGGACUGAGCAACGAAGGCCCUGACCAGGCCCUGAUGCCAGGCUUGACUACAGGUGGACUUUGCUAGAGGAAAGCACUCGGACGCUCCAGAGGCAGGAUGAGUGGCGGCUCGGAGCAGACUGACAUCCUGUCACCGGCCGUCAUGGUCAAGGACAGAUGGAAAGUGCUGAAAAAGAUCGGAGGUGGCGGCUUCGGCGAGAUCUACGAUGCUACGGACCUACUGACCCGGAAUAGUGUGGCUCUCAAGGUGGAGUCGGCGCAGCAGCCCAAGCAGGUGCUGAAGAUGGAGGUGGCCGUCCUGAAGAAGCUGCAGGGUAAAAACCAUGUGUGUCGCUUUGUGGGAUGUGGUCGCAAUGAUCGCUUCAACUACGUCGUCAUGGAGCUUCAGGGUCGGAACCUGGCGGACCUGCGGCGCAGCAUGAGCCGGGGCACGUUCAGCGUCAGCACCACGCUGCGGCUGGGCCGACAGAUCCUGGAGGCCAUCGAGAGCAUCCACUCUGUCGGCUUUCUGCACCGUGACAUCAAACCGUCCAACUUUGCCAUGGGCCGCUUCCCCAGUACAUGCCGAACCUGCUACAUGUUGGACUUUGGUCUGGCCCGGCAGUUCACCAACUCAUGCCAGGAGGUCCGACCGCCUCGACCAAUGGCAGGAUUUCGUGGCACUGUACGAUAUGCUUCAGUCAACGCACACAAAAACAAGGAGAUGGGACGGCAUGAUGACUUGUGGUCCCUGUUCUACAUGCUGGUGGAGUUUCUGGUGGGCCAACUACCAUGGAGGAAGAUCAAAGACAAGGAACAGGUUGGGAAGCUGAAGGACACUUAUGACCACCGGCUCAUGCUGAAACACCUGCCAGCCGAGUUCAGCAUCUUCCUGGACCACAUCAGUGAACUGGACUACUAUACCAAACCGGACUACGAGCUGCUGAUGUCGGUGUUUGAGAACAGCAUGAAGACAUACGCGGUUGUGGAGAAUGACAUGUACGACUGGGAGAGGAUUAACACGGACGGCUCUCAGGCCGUCAACACCACCAACGCCACCCCUCAGCACCAUACGCGACUCACCCCAGCACACAUGGGCAUGGCUAAUGCCUCGAACCUCCACGGGGACCUUAUGAAGGACCUCCUCAAGGAGAACACGGAUGAGGUGCUGCAGGACGAGCAGCUUAGCGACGGGGAGAACAACCCCCCUCUCCCCGAGCGCUCCCCUGGCCAGCCUGCCAACCAGCAGGAGCCUGACGUGUGGGAGGAGAUGGACCGCAACUGCAACCACCUCCGGCCGACGGUGCUCCAGACCGGCAAAGAGGACGAGCAAAACCAGAACCAGGGCAACCUGACCCCGCACACAGGACUCAGUCUGGCCUCUCCGGUGAAGCUCCGCUCGGACGCCAGCCCCUCGGACGCACCACUGCUGAGGAAACUGCGGAACCUCCAUAGCCUGGACCUGGAGAAGAGGCUGACCCUGGAGCCCAAACCCAGCACCGAGCGCUUCCUGGAGGCCUGCUCAGCAAAGCAGCAGGCCGGCAACACAUCAGACAAGCCAGCAGGCCACAGCCUUGGCCUCGGUGUUCUCAGCAAUGGUGGCCCUGGCGACCGCAUCUGGCACUACGACGAGGAGGUCCUCUCGGGCGGCGGGGGCAGCGGCAGUGGCGUGGCCAAGCGCGGCUCCCUGGGCUCCCCGGCCGCCACGGGGCAGGGCGAGGGCGCCGCCAGUAGCAGCUUUGUGGCGCUGAACCUGAGCCUGGGCCGCGGCGGUGACGGCGACGCCAACUCGCACGACUGGGUGAUGGUGGAGGCGCCGUCCAACCUGCAGGAGCGCGGCGGCAGCAGCGUGGGCCUGGCCACGGGGGCCAAGGUCACCAUCAGCCCCUCGGAGGAGGGAGAGGUGGACGAGCUAGACCCCAACCAGGAGGGACCCGCUCGGAGCACCGGCGACGGACCGGCACGCUCGGAGCCCAGGGCUGACCAGCAGGAGCUGAGCGUGGAGACAGCGAGCACCAUGCCCCCCAUAACACCCACUAGCCCCGCCAAUGGCCUGCCGGACGAAGCCCUCUCACAGCUCAAUGCUCAGCGUUUAGCCGCAAACUCCCCGCCUGCCUCCGACAGUUCCCCCCACUGCCACCUGGUGGACAAAAAUGAGAACAACAACUACUCGGCACAGGAUCGCCCAGUCACUCCAACCACGCCACCCACCCCUCAGGAGCGCUGCCCUCCCUCUGCCUCCCCCACCCCAGAGGGGGACCCCCCACCCGAGGAGGACCAGUCUCCACCCAGGGCUGCGGGCUCCAUGCCCAGCUUGGUGUCUCCACGCUCAUCUCCCCGCUCGCCCUGCAGUCCCGUGCCACUGAACGCCGAAGAGGAAGAUCCCCUUCAGGAGGAGGAUGGAGACGCACCCACUCCACCCAGCUCUGAGCAGCAGGAGCAACAGCAGGAGGAGGGGGAGGGGGAGGUGGCGGAGGAGGUGCCCUCAGUGGAGGCGGAGAGGAGCCGUGGCUCCGUGGCGCCCCGUCUCCGGCUCAGCCGCAUCCCCGUGCUGGAGCCCAGCAGCCUGCUGCUGUCCAGCCCCAUCGCCACCACCCCCGGGGGUUCGGCCAAGCAGAAGCUCCUGCUGAAAAAGGCCCAUCAGGGGGCGCCACUGCUGCUGUCUCCCUCCUGCUCCCCCUCUCCGUCGCUAGAGAGGCGCUGCGUUGCGCCGCAGACCGACUCCCCUGCCCCCGCUGACCGCUCCCAGGACGAGGAGUCCCUGCAGGGGGUGUCGGUGUCAGACCGGCAGGGGGGCGACGAGGCACUGUCCCUCUCCUCCUCGUCCAGUCCUCUGUCCCGAAAGAGCAGGAUACCACGGCCAGUGCACUCAGAGGGGUCCUCCACUGCUCCAGAGAGCCGCUCUUCCCAGUUCUUACCACGGCCGCCUCCAGGCAAACCACCCAGCCGACCCUGCAUAGAUAGCCGUCUGAGGCGCUACCGCAUCCGCGCGGGCAGCACUGGUGACUCGGAGCUCCUCAGCUGCCUGGCCCAGCUGAUGCAGAACGGCAUGGCCACCUCGCCGACCGGCCGUCCGCUCCGCUCCUGCUCACCCCACGCGGGCCGCUCCUCUCCGCGCUUGGUGUCCGGCGUCUGCGGCGGCGUCCACCCCCACCACCACCCCCGCAGCUCCAGUGCCUCGCCGCGCUCGGCCUCCUCGCUGCAGCGCUCGGCCUCGUCCUCUCCGCCGUCCCGUCCGGGCCCUGGCCGCAGCCGCUCACCGCCCAGCAUGUCCAGCGGCUCGUCGCCCCCGGGGCCCGCCAACGCCCGCCGCACACACCUCCAGCUGCGCCACCUCCACCACAGCCAGAGGGGCAAGGCUGGCUGCGGGCACGUGCAGAGCCGCGAGUGGAAGUGCUCCAGCAAGUUGAGCAGAUAGUCAUCUACGUCUGCGGGGCCCCUGGGGAUACCACUGGAGCUCUAAUCGUGUUUGUGUGUGUGUGUGUGUGUGUGUGUGUGUGUGUGGGGGGAUUUUUGAAUCCUUUGAGAGAUCCUGCAAGAUGUGAGUGUGAUCCCAGGUGAGGAACUGCUGCCUUUCGUGUGCCGACAACAUUUGGUGCGACUGUGCCAGUUAAACACAAUCAUGUGCAGAUUGAGUGUUAAAACCUGUUUUCAAAGCAUGGAAUCUAAGACUGUGCCAGUGUGUGUGUGCACAGGACAAGGCCAAUGAAGUGUUUGCACUGUUGGAGAAACACUAAUGUCAGGAGAGCAGAGCUAAUGGGGUGAGGAGCUGGGCUAUAGCCCCUUGAUGGGGGCUUUUGCUAGAAAGGGAUUUAACUAAACACCUCAGAACAGGCAACACUUCCUCUGAAUAAGAUAUGAGCUACACCAGGCGCGUAACUGAAGCGUUCCGUUCGCGUAGCGUCUGCUGCAACAAUUAGCUGCCACUAUAAUCAAUGAAAGUAGCUACACCAGACGUGAUAGCGGCGCGUACGCUCGAAAAAAAUAGACCGGUCUUUUAAAAUGGAUUUUAUGCGUCGCGAACGGAACGCUUCAAUUACGCAGCUGGUGUAGCUCAUACCUAAGACUAUAAGAAACGCUUUAGAGCCUCAGACAUAGGUUAGUAUAGAAGAGGGUCACUGGCCCCGUUCCUGUGACCAUAGCCUACCACUUUCCAUUAAUGCUUCAGGCUUUGGAUGCCAUUCAGUGCAGCGAUCAGCAUUUAAAACUGCUGGUUAGUAUAUAAGUCUCAUAGAAUGGAUAUGUCAUUCUGUUCUUUUCUGUUGACAUGAGCCUGUAUUUAGAACAUCCACGUAACUGCAAUUAUGCGUCAUCAGUACAUAACUAUACAGAUACUCUAUAUUAAGACCUCUGACUGCAGUCAUAGAGAAGCAGAAGCUGCUGAAUGCAGUCAAAUGUGCUGUUGUCAGUUAGGAGAUUUAAUGAAUUUUCAGAGGAAAUGUUGCCUAUAAGAUUUCAUCACAAAAUCUAUUAAGUGAUAAGUUCUACCAUCUGUACAAUACUCUCUCCAGCAUUAAGAGUUAUUACAUGCACUCUUUGGUUAGUAAUGUGUCCCUACUUGAAGAUUAAUGACUCCCAAAAAAUGAAAACAAAGACCUCCUGUGAAGACCUCCUCAGUUGACCUUUGUCUCGCAUACCUCCCCUGACUGCUCUGUGUGCUCACCUGCAUUCCGGUUGCAUUUUUUGUCCUGAUUGUUUGCGUCAUGGAAAUGAUUGUUUUCCUUUUGACUUGUCUGGUAUUUACACUAGCACGCAUUUCAUAGGGUCCGUAAAAGCAUGUGGUUAUGCAGUAAUGCCCACGGCACCACAAGCACGGUGAUGCGUGGCUGUCAGUAUGUGUACGAAUGUAUACUGUGAAGCUCACACUAAAUAGUGUGUAUGUGUGUAUGUAGGUACGUGUAUCGCAAGGAGCACGGACAACAUGUGUAUGUAGGCGCGUGUGUGUGUGUGUGUGUGUGUGUUUGUGAGUGUGUGUGUAUGUGUGUGUGAGUGAGUGAGUGAGUGUGUGGAUUGUUUGGAGUUGGUCAUCUCUUGAUCUGUUUAUAGUAUUUAUUCAGAAGUAUUUAUCACUAGUCCUGUACACAGCAAGCAUUAGUCAAAGCAGUGGCAGGUUCACUGAUAGACUGACAUUAGCCACUGGCUCCCCUUGUUCUUAUUUAUUCCUUGUUCGUAUUUUCUUUCUGUCUGUGCCCCCUAUUAAGCCACCAUGACACCUUGAUACAAACACUUAGCAUUGGGAUGUGGGUGUGGUUGUUUUUCGCUCUCAUCAAGGAAUCUCUUAAUGUGGAGCCCUGCCUUCCUUAACAAGAUAAGGGGAAACAAAGCAGACGUUGAAACAAUCAAAAGAGUGUUUACAAGUGUUGAAUUUAUGCCUGGGGCAUCCGUUUUAGGGAAUGGAAUUGAAAUCUACCCUACUGUCUCAAUCCAGACAAAAUCCAAUUGUAAUAUAUUGUUUUUGUUGUGUACAUAAGAAUUUGUGUGACGAGAAGAGAGUGGUGUGGAGGCUAUUGAAGACUGAGACAUACAGUAUAAACGGCUGCUCCCCAAAAUGUCUACGACUCACAUACUCACUGCACACUCCUUGUCAUCACUCUUGCUACAACACCUCUAGGAUUGCCUUCGUGUAGAUGUGCUAAUUUAGUUGAUGCUUUUGUCCAAAGCAGCUCACAGAGUAGGGAAGGUGCUGUUUUUGUCUUUACUUGCACUCCCUAGUAAAUUAACCUGCGACCCUUAGAUUUCUCCACGCUGUAAGAAUUGAGCCAUAGGAACACAUUUUGUGUAUUUGUAUAUGUGUGUGUAGUUGCUUUAUUCCCCAUGUUUUCCUGACAAGAUAUAUGACAGGGCAGUUAAUUACAUGCAGUUCUCUGUGUGUCUCACUGAAGUGAGAUGCGAUAACAUUAUUAUACAUACCAAAUGGACACCCGAGGGUGAUGAAUGUUUUUAAAUAGUUUUGAAAAGGACCUUAUUAGAAAGUUAACAGAGAGGAUUAGUGUAAAGUCCUUCAAGAGACAAGACCAGAGGAACACUGAGCAUAGGUAUGAAUUAAAGUUUACAGUGACAACCAACAAAAGUGACAAUUGAUGGUAUUAAUUGAAUGAACAGACAGUUUUGACAUCACUACAAAUAAAUAAUUGGCCUGUCCCUUUAACUCAACUACAGGGCCAAAUGUUGUGAAUGGAAGAGCACCCAUUGAAAGGGAAUGGCCAUUUCAUGCAGAUAGUACUUGAAAGAUGAACCAUUGUGGUGGAUAUGAAACAUUGUAAUGGAAAGGGAAAAGAGAAAGUUCUGUCCUGUACAGACAUGCACUAUGUAACAGUGUUGCUUGGGAUUGAAAUCCAGCAAGCGCCUUUGCUGCUAAAUACUAUUUAGAUUUAACUGCAGUGGACAGCUGCCAUUUUUAAAUCAAAAUCCUCUGGGAUUUGUUUAAUAGAUUUGAGAGCAUUGGAUUGUGUGAUUGCAACAGUUAUACAGAGUUUUUACACUUUGCCUCUCUUAAAGCUCUGAAGUGAAGCUCCUUGUUAUACCACAAAAGAGUGAACAGUGAGAUGGAUGUUGUUCAAUAUAUUGGUAGACAUUUAAUUUGAGAAUUAUCUGAGGGGCCAAUAUCACUGAUCAUAAUAUUGUCACAAAGUGUUUAUUCUAUUUAUUUAUUGCUAUCUAUUUUAUUUAUUUUACAUUACAUGACAUACAACAGCAGGUUUUUGUCUUUGAAGGUUACAUGUCUGCCAAAACACGAUCAUAAAACACUAGUCUGUUACUCUCAAGCACUUGCAGAAUUUUAAUUUCUACAUGCUGUUCCUUCACCCUCAAUUUUAUUUCAGAGGAGAUUUAAGCAAUGUUUCCUCCAUCUGACUACAUUAUAUCUCAAGGUUGUUUUUCCCCUCUGCUUGUAAGAUGCUGUAAGAAAGCUUCCAGCCCUGCCAGUUGCAUGCGCUACAAAGAGCAAAGCUGUGAUCAAUCCCUCUCGAGGCAAACCCCUGCUGUGUAAAGAUAAACUUCACAUAUACUUCAUCACUUCAUCCAGCUCUUAUGUGGAAUCAGUUUGAGUUAAUGAGUUGCCCAGACCACCCCAAAAAAGAGCAAUUACAUUUUACAGACUUGUCCUCAACUAAAUUGAUUAUCAUGUCCGACACAUUAGUAUGAACCUAUGAGUAUAAAUAUACACAGGAAGGGACUUGCUAUAUUUAGGUGUCUUUUUUUAUCCAAAAUAUGAUUUAUAUGUUUAUAUUGCUAAUGUGUGCACUUAAAAAAGUGCCCUGAUAGCCCCAAUUUUUUUUUUGAUAACAAUUUUAUGAUACUUCACAGUCUGUGGACCAAUUGAGAUCGCUCUCUCCCACUUUACUUUCACAAGCAGACCAAACCCAAUUUAUCUUUGGCCUUAAUGUAUGUACAUGUGCCUGCAACCUUCAGCAAUCUUAAAGAAAGGGUUCUGUGUAGAAUCAAUUUGGCUUUCUUAAUAAUUCCUUAAACUUCUGUCAGAGAAAUGUUUUAGCAGGAGACUUGCAGAACCCUCUCCUCACAACAAAUGAGUGAAAUUGUUUCUUUGGGCUGAAAGCAGAAUUUAGUAGGGUUAUAUGAUGGAAGCAUGUUGAAAUACCAUUUGUUUCAGAAGAUGAGGUUGUAGUUUACAUGUGCUGCACUUUGUUAGAGGGUGUACACCUAUGAAACCGGAACCACAAUAGAUGGAGAGCACCACAAUCAGUUGCUAUUUUGAAGAGAGAAAAGCAGUUAAGCCCGCACUAUGAAUGGGUGGUCCAUCACUGCUUUCUGAUUGAGUUCCAUCUCAAUCACUAUUAGUCACUUUCACAGUAGAAGUGCCUGUUUCAGUGUCAUUUGAAUGAAAGAGACUAGAAUAUAAACAGGUGAAUUGUCAAGCCUCUAGAAUCACUAAUGUUGUCUCAAUGCAGUAGUUCCCAGUGUUGGCCAGAACCCCCAGGGUGUCGCUGGUUUAGGGUGAAAAUAGAACAAACCUAAACGACCAAACAGGUAGAACUUUGUAUGACUGUGCUCUCUCGGCAUAGUAGCCUGACCUAUUUGGUGGUAGCCUAUAGCCUACUUUGUGUUUGUAUAGUAUGGCUAUAGUCUAAUUAAUACAAUGGACGUGUGCCUAACAUGGAACAUUGUAUGGAUUUAUAACCCAGUGAGAAGUUAACAGUGUUUAACAGCACUAGAUCUCAGAUCAAGAUAGUUAUGGUUAACUGACUGAUGCAAUGAAACUGAAAAAUGUUAACUGUUAAAUUAGAAACAAUGGGUGAGAAAGCUAUACAACAUCUAAUGGGCAUCUGUUUUUAUUUAAAGUUCAAAGGGUGGCCUGCCAUAAACGGUUUGGGAACCACUGCCUUAAUGUGACAUUGUAAUGAGGACUUAGUGGUGAAACAUUAACAAAAUCAUCACAAACAGAACAAAGCUAGUAAUUGAGACUGAAACUGUAAAAAUGACAUGUUCCCACCACAGUUUGCCCAUUUAACCAGUCCGUAAAAGUAAAUUCAAUGGAAAAAUUGCUUUCCAUAGACAUUGAUCUGAAUUUUUAGUGAACAGUCAGCAAUCUGCAAAAUCUGUUGUUUUAUAAGUGGGCAAUAUUAUAACAUUCUGUAUACCUGGUAUGAUCUUUUUUAAACGCAUCCCAUAUCACCAAGCCAAAUUAGCUACCCAGAGUCCAUUGUUUGUUAGUAUUUUGCCAUAGAUUUAUAUUGUGUUAGGCGAGUAUAUGUGCAUUUAGGAGCUGGUAAAAUAUAUUUAGGGCCACAGAAACUUGUGUCAAACUUCAUCUUGCCCAUACCUGACUAAAUUAUGAAUUGUUCUUAAAAGAUGAAUUGUGUUUGUAUGAGUGGUAGCUCCCUAAAUGACACAUUUUCUUGCAUCAAUUUUUUCUGCUAAGAGGUGCUCUGAAAGGUCUGUAAGGGACACUUGUGUUUACUUCUUUACAUUAUUUCUAUACUGGGCAUACUGCAGCAAAGAUAUUGGCAUUUGGAAGGCUGCACAGUGAUUAUGGUCAUGUAAAGAAGUUUCUAAAGAUUUUGCAUAUCUCUCAUGGUGACAUGGAAAUUUUGGUAACUUGCACUGGUAUGCUUGCCAUAUCUCAAUGACGGUGUACUGUGCUUGUGUGGACCAACAGAUCUCUUCUGAUCUCUUCUCUGAAUGUCUGUUCAUUACUCCAAAAUGAAAUUGUGUGUGUGUGAGUGUGUUUGUCCAUUCUGUCAUACACGUACUAUGCAUUGUGUCACUUUUUUUGGCCAGGUAUGAAGAAUGUUCCAAAAAAAAUCAGGGGCCUUUCCCCAAAACAUGAAGAUAUUUGUAAUGUCCAACAAAAUAAUUUAACAAUAAAUUGUAUGCUGUUUGCUGAUGGGUGUUAUGUUCACCGCUUACCCAAAAGAAUGAAUGAACUUUUUAGAUCUGAUUGAGUACUACUUGCUCAAGAGUUAUGUCAGUGUUGUGACAUGGAGGAAAACUUAUGUACAGAUGUUAAAGAAAGGAUGUAUCAGAGGGAGCAGAUUACAUUGUACAUAACUGUACUUAUUUGUCUUAUUAUUUUCAUUUGUACCAUAUGAAUAUCCUGUACAGUGUUUUGUUUGUUUUGGUUUGCUUCCUGUUUUGGUUUCUUUCAAAAUUAUUUUGUAUUUUAUUUUUAUAAACUGGUUAUAAAUAAAAUAUUCAUUCCGCAUGCAGA